GCUUCCUCCGUUGAGUUGUUGGAUGGGUAGGUAUCAUAAUUCCCAACCACGUGCCUUCUAUUCCAUAACGCCAGAAGCUAUCAUCGAUGACUAAGGCAACUAACCAACGCCCCACAGAGUGGAGGCGGGGCAUCAUGGAACCCAUUAAACUCAGGCGCGUUUUAACGCGUCUCUUGAUCUUCACGUCCUGACCGUGAGCUCUGCCUAGCCCAACUCAAACAUCACACAACCACAAUCAUGUCUGCUUACUCUGGAUUCACAAAAACAAGCUAUGGCGCCCAAGGAGGUGACGAUUCUGGCGGCUUCUUCGCUGGUGGUUCACAGCAGGGCAGUCAAGGCGGCGCCGGCGGCAAGUCAUACCAAGAUGAGUCCUUGCGCCCUGUCACAAUCAAGCAGAUCCUCGAUGCCGAAGAGGCAUACGCUGGUGCAGACUUCAAAAUCGACGGUUCCCCCGUGACACAGAUCACAUUCGUCGGACAGAUUCGCAAGAUCCAGCCUCAACCUACAAAUAUCACCCUCAACAUCGAUGACGGAACCGGUAUGAUUGAGGUCAAGAAGUGGAUCGAUGUCGACAAGCAGGACGAUGCUGAUCCCGGUUUCGAGCUGGAGUCUCACGUUCGUAUCUGGGGUCGUCUCAAGUCCUUCAACAACAAGCGACACGUCGGAGCUCAUGUUAUCAGACCUGUGGCGGAUUUCAACGAGGUCAACUACCACAUGCUCGAGGCUACAUAUGUUCAUCUCUAUUUCACCAAGGGCCCUCUCGGUGGUCAAGGUGGCUCCAAUGGAGACGGAGAUAGCAUGUUCGUGGAUGGUGGUGGCUACAAUGACAAUGGAGGCGGCAACGCGGGCCAGGCGCCUACUAAGCUCGCUGGCUGCAGUGGGCUUGCCAAGAAGAUGUUCAACUUUAUGAACGACACACCUGGUGGCAAUGAAGGUGUCCAUCUCAACGUCAUCACCAACUCUACUGGCAUGUCAGUGCGGGAUGCUCUCACCGCUGCUGACGAACUGCUUGGCCAGGGUCUUAUCUACACCACAGUUGAUGACGAGACAUGGGCAAUCCUCGAAUACUAACAUCAGAAUUGAGUUUAUGAGGGGCGGGCUCCGAGAAGGGCAACUUAUACGGAAUACAAACUACAAAAGCUAGGUGCACGGUGUUUACGGUUACAGGAGGGACCAGCUUAUGAAGGAAUGACAAUCUUAUAUGGGUUAUUUCUCUCUAAUGAAUGACUCGAGCUAGUUGGCGUACUGC